AUGAAAUCUCUAACUUCAUUAUAUAUUUUAUCCUUUCGGAUACUAGAAAUAUAUGGACACCUAAUAAAUUCGGAAAUCGCAAAAGAUUUAUCUGUUUAUAUUUGUUCACAUGGUUCAACUUAUUCACAUGCUAAUAUGAAUGUGAGUUGUUUUUUUCUUGAAAAUUUAUAUUUCAUCCCGAAUUUUGAAUGUUUCAGUUUAUUCAAUAUCCCGUGCAAUUUUGUGUGUCACUACGAUCAAAUAAGGGAAUUCGAGAACAUUAUCGAGAUCUUCAAUCAUCAACUUCACUUCAGGGAACUGUUCAAAUAUCAUGGAGACAAUUAGCCACUGCAAAUUCGUGUAAACUUACUUUCAAGGUAAUUUUAAUCUUUGUAAUAUACUUAAGCUUAUCCCAAGUUUUUAUUUUUCAGGGAUAUCAAACAGAAUAUCGAAUAUCACCUGAUUUGGGUGGCUAUAUUCCGUGUCAAAAUGCGAUUUCGCGACAUCUUUUUAGAUUGUCUCAAAGUAUGAAUUUUGGUUCGGGGCAGAUUGAGAGAAUUGAAUUUAAUAAUUCGAAUAGUAAAUGUCCUAUUGAAAAUGUUCCGACUGCAUAUCCCGUAAGUUGUUUUUUCCAUGAAAAUUGUAAAAGAAAACAACGAGACUCCGCGUUGACGACAACGCGCGUGGUUUGAAUUUUUUAAUUUUUCAAUGGGCUUCCAGGGUAAAUCGCAGAACAGGCCCCCACUUUCAGCCAAAAUUUCAACGAUUUUGUGUUUCUUUUUGAAUAGAAAAUGAAUAACAUUAAAUUGUUCAUAAAAAGCAAAUAAAUAUUAUAAAAAUCAAGGCAAAAAACCUAUAAUCAUAGUUUUUGGUGUUUGAUGAAACGUUUUCGAGGUUUUUCUUUUCGCCAUCUCUAUUCUCAAGAAUUUGCUAUUUUUUGCAGCAAAGAUUUUGAAAUUUGGUGAAGAAUGAACGAUUUUAGCAUUUUUUUUGAAAAAACGAAAAAUGUUUUUGAGGUUUGAAAAAAUUCACAAACGUCGUGUUGUCUGCCGUCUCUCUUACCCGCUUCUAUCUCUCAUUUUCUCUGCUUCUCUCUCCUCGUCUCUUCUACACGCAACACUCUCUCGUUUAUUUUUAUUUUUCAAUUCGUUUUUUUUUUUCGUGGAAUCAGGAAAUUUCACGAUUUUCAUCUAGAACAUCAUAUAUGAGAAGAUAGAGUAAGACAAGGCAAAGACAGAAAAAUAAACAUCGGAUUGUAAAAUUGAACAUUAGAAGGUUUUGACAGUUUUUUGCCAACACGGGAAAAAAUGUUGUAUUACUGCAUUUUUCACCAAAAAAUUCAUUUACAAAAAUGUGAUCAUCGAAAAAACCAUAGUUAUUGCUAGAAAACUAUAUUUCCUUGCUUCAUUUGCUGUCUCAUCAUAAUUUCCCUGAUUUUCUCCAUAUCUCGGUGAAUCUGGCUCCUCAAAAAUCGGUGGAGGUGUUUCUACAGUGACAGUCGAAGUUUCACCUCCUUCCGGAUCAUGUUCUAGAAAUUUACAAGUAUUUCAUUUUUUUUUUUGCGAAAAAAUUUCACCAUUUUGAAUGGAUAGAAGAAUUGAAAGAAUAAAUAUUAGAAUCGCAAGCUUUUUCAUUUUAUUUUGAUUAAGAAAUGAAAUAAUUUUCACGUUUUCACGGAAAUCCCAUGAUAUUUUUUGCAGGAAUAUAUUUCGUGUAAACUUCAACAAAAUGAAUGGUAUAUGAUUGAGUGGAAGUCUACGACUCGUUAUGAAACUUUUAGAAAUGGGGAAUAUGGUAAGGUUGGGUCUCUUGAGGAUUUUACUAUUAAAAAUAUUGCAGGAACACAUUGGGCAAACGAUACACAAUCAUUCGUUGUCAAAAUGUCUGAAGAAUUGCGAAGAAACGGAACAGAAUUAAUUUGGCUUCAAAGAUUAGUCAAACUAGAUUCUCGGCUGAAUGGAUGUGAUGAUGUCAAAGUUCUUGUCAAUUUUGCCGAUGAUUGGACAAUUCGAACGAACACAAUCACAUUGACUUAUCGAAUUUUUGAUGGAACAAUGAAGAUACAUUCGAAAAUUAUUGGAACUUUUGACAUCGAAAAUUGGCGAGAAAUACAAUUUCCACUAAAAAGAACGCCUGGCGAUCAUCAAAUUUGUGCACAGGUAUUUUUUUAUAUAUCUUAAGUGGACAUUUCUAUGAGAAAUUCAAUUUUUUAGAUGAACUCUCCUGUCCCAUCUCGAUAUUUGGUUUGUCGAAAAAUCGUGGAUUCGUUAGAUUGUCCCUUUGCUCCCGAAGAAUCUUCAUUAUCUAACAAUAUUAAAUUUUAUUUAUUUUUCUUGUUUUCAUUGUUAUAUUUUCUAUAGUAUCUAUCUAUGAUAAAAAUUACGAAAAAAAAUAAUUUUGAAAAAAAAUAUAAAUUUGAAUUUUCUGUUUGCCGCCAGCGGAGUGUCGUUGCUGUGUACUUCUCUCGGACGAAAUUUUUCGAAUUAUUUUUUCCUGUUUGCUUGUCCUAUUUUGAAGUUAUUUUGAAGUAUGACUUCGGUUUUUUAUGAAGAUUCAAGUUGGGAAGAUCGAUCAUUUGCAAGAAAUCAGAGGCAAUUAUAUGAAUCUACGAAUGAUUUGGUUUUAUUGACAGUUUUUCGAAAAAAUGAAUCGAAAUAUUUUUGGUUUUGUGCUGCAUGUAGAUCAAAAACGAAUAGUUUCAAAAAUCUAUUAUCUCUCCGAUUAUUCGCAUUAGAUCAUUUAAGAAGUUCGCAUUCUGAAGAAAAUCCAGAUAUUGAACAAAUUGUGAAAGAUGAAUGGAAACUGGUCAAGGAAGAAACAAAUUUUGAUGUGGAAAAACUAAUGGAAAUCAGUAGAACAAGAAGAGAUGUCAAGAAUCAAUCACGUCGCAAGUUUUAUAUGACGAAUUUGAAAAGUUUCGAAAAUGGUCAACAUUUUGAAGAAUAUCUAAAGAAUACUUACUACAAGAAAGAUGAAGACGAAGAAGAACAGAGAAAAGAAAAAGAUUAUAGAUUCUGUUUUAUUUGCCUGGAAUUGGUCGAAAAAUCUGAUAUCGAUCAACAUUUUCGGGGAAAAUCGCAUACCGAACUCGAAUCUCAUUCACAUGUCAGCACAUUUUUCGAGCUCCCAUCAUCUGUUAUCACAAAGGAUUUCUAUGAUUCUGAUUUGACAUUUCCAAAAGAUAUUUUUGCUUAUUGCACAGUCUACAAGGUAAUUUUAAUUGUAAUUUUAAUUCGAUUAAUUAAUUAAUUAAUUAAUUAAUUAGUUCAGACUCUUCAUCGAGAUAUGUUCAAAUGGCGGUGUUGUCUUUGUCCAAAUACACAUGCUCAUACAUUUGUCACUUUUAUUGUUCUUCGAAUGUAUGCACUUCGACAUAUUGAAGCAAAUCAUAACUAUUUGUUUCGAGAACAAUUUAUAGAAUCAGAAUGGUAAGGUCGUAUCGUUAAUUAAAUACUUUAUGUUUUUUCUAGGAAUAUCAUCAAAUACGAGCUUCAAAUUGGUUUCGAUGUUCAAAAAUAUCUCCCAACAUUUUAUACUAUUCGAGGAGAAAACACUUUUAACCCUCAUAAUCCUAAUGAUUUUACACUUCCUCAACAAUAUUAUUUUAUUCCUCAAGAAUUUGUGAAACAUUAUUCGAUUUGUGGAUUUUGUUUCAAAUCGUUUCCUAAUCGUGAAUUUAUCAGACAUAUUGUAUCGCAUGGAUUUGUUGAAGAAAAUGGUGGAAAAUUGUUGAAAAGAGCUGAAACCAGCGCUAAAGUUGAAGAAUUAAUGGAGUCAACGAAUCAAUUUGAUGCGCAGAAAUUGGAUGAACCUGUUAAAAUGCUCACAAUUGAGGGAAAACAGUUGAAAGCAAAAAUUGAAGAAAUUUCUGAAAAUGCUAGUUCAAUCAGUAAUUCGUCAACUCGAACACAACAAAAACGAAAAUCAGCUUUGGAUGCCAAACAACUUUUAUCGAAAACUUUUGAAAUGUGAGUGAAAUAGCUUAUCUAUACUAAAAAUUAAAAAAAAUUGUUUCAGCCUCAAGGAAAACUUCAAAAAGACCUCAAAAACUUGGGAUGAUCCAAUGAAUUCGAAUUUCUCAAGUUCGUCUUCUUCUUCAGAUCAAGAAUCAUCGAAUGAUGAAUAUAAAGCAUCGAAAAAUGAGAAUAGGAAAUUCAGAAGGUAAAUUGGGACAUUGUUUUUGGCAAUGUAUACUACCAAAAACCUCUAGACCUCAAAAUUUUCAAAAAUUUUCGUUGUAGAUCAAAAAAAAAUCCUUCAAAUAGCCCGACAACAAAGAUUUUUUCUUGAAACAGAAAAAAUUUAAAAAUCUGAAAGAUAUACUUAUGUGGCCGAACUUCCGACAUUUCUCGGAAAGCGACAUAGUUCGGCCACAUAUUUUUUUUUCUUGUCAAGGCCUGCUGCCGCUCUUUUCGCUUCUCUUCUCCCCUUUCCCCAUCUUCUCAUAUGUUUUCUCACACAACCCGGCGAGUUGCCUCAAAAUCGACAAGGAGACACUACUUGAGAGAGAAAAGAGGAGAGAAAAGACGCGGCCAACACUAUUCCCCACCCUAUAUUUCUCUAGCAGCGUCUGUUUGUCCUUUUUGCUUUUCUAGUGUGGACCCAUUUUUGGUUUAUAAAAUAUUCUCUUUUUUUUACAGAAAUCGAAAAAUGUUGUCGAAUUCUAUCAAAUAUGAUGAUUUCGGUGAUAAUUCUCAAAUGGUUUUACAAUGGAUACAAGAACAAGCAUCGAAAAGAGGAUUGGAUUGUAAUUUUAAUAAAGACAGUAGUGAUGAAGAUACGGGGAUUAUUAUAAAAAAAGAGAAUGUUGAAGAAAAAGUGCGAGUAAUAAAGUUACCUAAUGAAGAAAAACCUGUUGUUAUGCUUGAAGAAGAAAAAGAAGAAGAGCCGGAAUUUGUUGAACCAGAAAAUAGGAAAAAAGUUGUGAAAAAACGAGUCAGGUAAGAUUUUUAGCUCCAAAUUUUCACGAUCCCGUCGUUUAAAAUCGCAGAACUCAACUCCUAAUAUGAGUUAUGACGUGGCAAAUGUUUUGAAAACUAGCUUCGAAAUUAUUUUUGAAGCCAAAGUCACGAUUUUUGCAAAUUUUGCCACGUCAUAACUCAUAUUAGAAGGUGAAUUCUGCAAUUUAAAUCGUGACCACCGGGUUCAAAUCUACUAGAUUAGCCUAUAUUUGAAAAUCUUCAGAUUCCAAGAAUCUACCAAGAAAGGAAAGAAGUCUAAUGAUAAAUCAAAUGUCAAUCUUGUCCCCCAAGGAAACUUGAAUUACAGUUCAAUGACACCAGUUCAAGUUAGAGAAUUGUGAGUUUGAAGUCAAAUGCAAUUUUCACAAAAACAUAAUUUUUUUCCAGAAUCCAAAACGCUGCGAAAGAAAGAGGAAUAGUUUUUGAUUCAACAUCUUCAGAAUCGGAUUUGGAUUCUGAUUCGAAUGCGGCACCACAAUCACGAUCAAAAUCAAAACCAGACUCGAUUUUCGACAAGAUGUCGCCGGAUCAAAUGCGACUGUAUCUCAAAAUUCAAGCAGCUCAGAGAGGAAUUCAGAAUGGAUUUGUGAAUUCUUCGAGUGAUUCGAGUGAUCAAGAAGAUGAAGAAGAAAAAGUGGUGUAAGUUUUAGAUAUUCAUAUUUAAAAUUAAACGAAAAUCAUUUAUCAACCUAUUUUUGACAAUAGAAAUUGGAUUUUUUCAAAUAAAACUGGAAUGAAAUUAAAAAUUGCAACUAUUUUUCUUCCAAAUCCAGAAUUUAAAUUUUUUGAAAUCCUAAAUUUUCUCGCAAAUUUUAGAGCUCUAAUUGAGUGUUUUCAACUACAAAUUCUAAAUUUGGGUAACUUGAAUUUAAAUUUAAACUUUCGGAAAUAAUUUUCAGAUAAAAAUUUCAAAACCAGUUUUUUCCAACCCUAAAUUUUCGUGCAAUAUCUAACUGUAAAUCAUAAAAUAAAUUUAAAAGUCAACUUUCAAGAAAAAAAUUAACUCUGCAAUUUUCAGAUAAAAAUUUCAAAAUCAGAUCGAAAACCCUAAAUUUUUCGUGCAAUAACUGUAAAUCAUAAAUUUGACAAAAAUUCAAAGUUCAAAUUAAAAAAAUAUUUUUAAUCAUAAAAUUAACCCAAAAAGGCAAGAGACCAUUUGUAAACUUUCCAGUUUUCAAUUAAAAAUUUUUGAAUCAGAUUCAAACCCUAAAUUUUCGUAUCAUAAGUUAAAUGUUCAACUUUAAAAAAAAUUUUUUAAUUAUAAAAAAAAUUUGUUCAAGAAUUAUGCAAAAAUUAUUUCCAACGCGUGAACUGUGACGUGGACAUUAGAAAAUCAUUCUAUUUUCAGCAAACCAACAACUCGCCAAACUCGAAAACGUAAAUGCGCCCGUCGUUAA